CUAACGCCGUUAACCAAGAAACUGCAGGAUUUAAAGAAGUAAACACAGAUCACUCAAGUUUCACAACGCAGAGGCACUCAGCUAGACAAGUCCUUCAGUCUUAGAAAGCAAGAGUUAAGCUUAUAAAUGAGUGCAGAUAAAUGAUUCAGUGAAAUGGUGGUGGUGAUCACGGAGAUAUGCACGGAUAAGGAGCCAGAUUGCGUCGUAGCAUAUUCAAACGGCGACUGCCAUGAUCCUGGUCCUGAAUCUCUUUCCAAUCAGUGCGAUCUUGCAGACUCAAACGACAAUGUUGCCGGAGAUCCUGAACUUCAAAGUUCAGAAGAGAGCUCAGAAACAAGGGAAUACGAAGUGAAGGAAUGUAUGAAUGAAAGCUCGGUCGUGACGUCCUCCAAGGGAAAAGGCGCUGGAAAAUUUGAGAAGGAUGAAACAGCGUUGAGCUCAAAAAAUGAAUCCAGAUCAGAUGCUGAGAGAGCAAAGGAGGGUAAAAAGUCGAAAUCAUCCGCUAAGGAUUCAUCAAAGAGGACAGCGCAGCAUAACAACCGAAUUAACUACACCGUUCCACACCCUUUUUCCCUCGCAACCGAAAAGCGCGCUUCAUUUGGAGCUCGUCCUGCUGAUGAUACUAUGAAGGUAUCCAAUGGUAAACCAGGGCCGCGUUCUCAUGCCAUGCAGCCAAAUCAGGUGACCCCAAGACAACAGGUAAUGGAUUUGGUGUCAAGAAAGUGCUUGUUCCCAUAUAACAAGAAGAGUCCGGAUGAGGAAGACUCUUUAUCUGUCUCUUCAUGCACUAUCGCAUCCAAACGAGGCGUAAAAUCGCGAACAACUCCUGCAUCUGCUCCAGUAUUUAGAAGCACCGAACGUGCGGAGAAAAGGCAAGAGUUUAUUUCGAAGUUGGAGGAGAAACACCGAGCGCUGGAGGCACAAAAGGUCCAGGCUGAUGCGAGGAACACAGAGGAGAGAGAGGCGACUAUCAAGCAACUCAGAAAGAACUUGACGUUCAAGGCUAACCCAAUGCCGAGCUUCUAUUACGAGGGUCCUCCGCCUACGGUUGAACUGAAAAAGAUACCGACAACUCGCGCAAAAUCUCCAAGACUCGGACGCAGGAAGAGUUGCGGCAAUGUGAAAUUUUUCCCAGAAGGAUGAGAGUAAGGCAAACUGAUGCUGGUGACGGUCCUUGUGUGAAUAAAUUUCAGUGUGAACUCUGAUAAAUGAGGAAUUUAGGAGAGUUGAUUGAGCCGUGGAUAAGUUAUCUAAGUUAUAAGAAGGAAAGGGUCUUCAUUUUUCCUUCGUUUCACCGAGUGUCUCAUCUUCAAAUCGCUGGGCUUUAAGGAUUUCUUGCAUUGGCCUGUGUAACUUAUGAAAUGUAUCUGUGUUAUGUUCUUAAAAAGGGGAGUUCCUGUUUCCUGAUAAGAACAAAUUUCGCAUCUCA